GCGCGUGCGCCGAUCUCGCCCCUCUACCUCUCAUCACUGAUCCGCAUGAGAAUUUGGAGGCCCUGUUCCUACAGGACAGUAGGAUUGCUGCAAAUUUGCCGGAGAAAAGACGACAUUCAUGCGGAUUGGCCGUCAGUCGCCGUGAAAAUUUUUUUUUUUCAUAAAAUGCCAGUCAUCUCGCGAUAUCAGAAGGUGGCUUUAGGGUUGGGCGCGUUAAGCGGUGCAAUAUUAUAUUAUUACAAUGCGUACAGCGAUAAGGACUCAUUGCGAGUGCACAAUUCGUGGACCACAAAUUUUACACCCUCGGUGAAGUGGGAUCACAACUGGGACAGAAGAGAUCCAAAGAGUUUAGUGAAGCCGAUGAAAAUAAGUGACGAGAACGAUGAGAACAAGUAUAAUGAAAAAUUCGAGGCGAAACGAGCGAAGGCUGUGCGACACGUACUUUUGAUUCGCCAUGGCCAAUAUCAUACUGAUGGAAAGACCGACAUUGAGAGAAUGCUAACUGAACUUGGUAGAAAGCAAGCUGACGCAACAGGAAAAAGGCUAGCGGAAUUGAACUUGCCUUAUUCAUUAAUAGUGAGGUCUACAAUGACUCGUGCUCUAGAAACUUCGAAAAUCAUAGAAAAAAGUCUAUCAAAUGUCCCAGUUGAGGAUGAUUCCUUGUUGAUUGAAGGUGCACCUAUACCUCCAGAACCGCCUAUUGGUCAUUGGCGGUCUGAAAAACACUUUUUCCAGGACGGGCCCAGAAUAGAAGCGGCGUUCAGAAAAUAUUUCCAUCGUGCAGAUCCUAGUCAAGAAAAUGAUUCUUACACUCUUCUCGUGUGCCAUGCAAAUGUCAUUAGAUACUUUGUUUGUCGAGCACUGCAGUUUCCACCAGAGGCAUGGUUACGAAUAUGCCUGAAACAUGCAAGCAUCACUUGGCUCUGCAUCUUCCCUAAUGGAAGAGUAACGCUCUUUUGCUUGGGUGACACAGGGCAUAUGAUACCACAAAAUCUAACAUCUAGCUAAAGAUGUAAGACGGUUUGUACAUGGAAAAAUACACACACACACAUCAUCGUAACUUAUAUGGUAUAUAAAGAUGUCCCAAAAUUUGCAACCAAUAUUAUUAUUACAAUGAAAAAUUACGGAAAACUAACAAAAGUCUUCGUUAUUAUUUGCUUUAAGCAGUUAUUUCUAAAACUUGUUUCUCAGGUUUAUUAAUUAUUAAUAUAUAUAUUAUAAUAUAUUUAUUAUUAAUAUUUACCUUAGUUUCAUUUUUUAGAUUUUUCCUAUUUUUAUUUUCUAUUUAUAUAUUUUUUUUUAUUUCUUUAGAUCUCGAUAUAGUAUCAACUGCAAAUUUUGGAGCAUACUGAAUAUAAAUAAUGUAUAUGGUGCUCUGGAAUUUUUUGGCCAAACUUCAGUACUUGCUAUAAAUAGAAAUAAGGGAAAUGGUCUAUAAUUAUAGGCUAUUUGAAGCUUUAUUAAAAUAUAAAAAAAAAACAGUUAUCUUGCUCCAUAUUGAGAACAAGUCCACUACUGUUUCGUUCAUAUUUUAUAUUUUUAUUACAAUUUGUAUUUAUACUCGUAGAAUAUAUUAUAUAUAUAUAUUAUAUAUAUAUAUAUUAUAUAUUCUGACAAGAUGUUUGGUCGGAAAAUUCUAAAACACUGUGUAUACACGUACAUAAUAUGCAUGCGCGUAAAUACACACACAUACACACACACAUACAUACAUGCACAUAUCUUAGGUAAUGCUAGUGUUGGCGGAAUAUCUUACAAAUUAAACACUUUGAUCACAUUGCAACGAAAAAGCGUUUUAAAUCUCUAUUUUAAAAACAUCGACGUAAGCUACAAAAACCACUAAUAAAAAAAAUUAAUUAUUCAAACUGUGUUUUACGAAAUUGACGUAUGAAUAAAUUAAUAUCUUUUUAUCACGGAAAUGGCUUACUCUUUUUGUUUAGUCGUCAUCAUAUCAAUGAAAUUGCAACGCCCGUGUAAGAUUGGCCGUAAAAUUUUGUCAAAAAUUCUUAGCCCUGUUAUUCCAUUCACCUUUAUAUUUAAUUAGCUUUUAUUUCUAAAAUUAAAGUGUUUUGUAUCCGUUACCUUAACAUUCAGAAAUUGCAUGAUUCUAUUUAUAUGUGUGUGUGUGUGUGUGUGUGUGUGUGUGUGUGUGUGUGUGUGUGCGAUUAAAAUUUUCGUGCAGUUUUUUUGAAGACUUGUUCGUUUAAACUCGAACAUAUUAAAUAUAUAUACGCGAUAAGAAUUGCAGGGUUAAGAAUAACACUAACAUAACACAAUUGUUGAUGAAAAAUUCAGUAAAAAUAAUUACAAAGAAUGAA